AUGGAGAUAUUGACACGAUUUGUACCUACAAAUCUUUUUAGAUAUACUGUCUCGAGAAUAUUAGUAACUAAUGUAGCACAUUAUACAAGAUUGGCUGAAGUAGGAAAGUUAGAGUUGCCAAAGACAACUGGAAAAUAUGAUACGGGUCAACUAAUUCUUCAUAAAGUAUUUGGAUACAGAGGUGUCAUUUUGUUUCCAUGGUUGGCAAGGGUUUACGACAGGGAUGCUACUAACAAAAAGGAAUAUGCUGAAAGUAGCAGUACUUCGGAUGCUUCUGACGAUUCCUUAUCAAAUGUUGGAAAAGAAGUUAAGGGCCGAACUCACACAUUUUAUCAAGUGCUCAUAGAUACUAGGGAUGCACCUUACAUACGCGCGCAAACAGAGGCGGUAACGUUUCUGGGCAACCAAGAGUCGAGUAGAAGUCUGUACGCUAUCCCAGGGCUGGAUUAUGUGGCACACGAAGACAUCAUCCCCUACACCUCAGUCGAACGAGUUCCACUACAGCAUGAACUAUUCGACAAAUUUCUCAUGCACAACCCUGACAAAGACCCUCCAUUCAUAGCACAAGAAACACUUCGUGCGUGGCAGAAAAAGAACCACCCAUGGCUGGAGUUGAGCGACGUACAUCGUGAGACGACAGAGGGGGUGCGAGUCACUGUGAUACCAUUUUACAUGGGUAGUCGGGAGUCGCAGAAUUCGGCUGUGUAUUGGUGGCGAUAUUGCAUCCGUCUGGAGAACCUUGGCGCUCAAGCCGUUCAGCUUCGCGAGCGACACUGGCGCAUCUUCUCACUGUCCGGCACGCUGGAGACUGUCCGGGGCCGCGGGGUGGUGGGGCAGGAGCCCGUGCUGGCGAGGCACGCGCCCGCCUUCCAGUACAGCAGCCACGUCAGUCUGCAGGCGCCCAGCGGACACAUGUGGGGCACGUUCAGGAUGGAGCGGGAAGAUGGCUACACUUUCGACUGUCGCAUCCCACCAUUCUCGCUGGAGAGCAAACCUGAUGAAGGCGCUCCUAUAGCGCCCACGCCUGCCGCCUGA